CCUGUCUUUGCCGGAAGUGACGCCGGGCUCUCAGCUAUCAUGGCUGAAAAGAGGAAUGUUUUUGGUCUUCCACUGCUCUUUUUACUUAUUCUCGUGGCAAUUUUGCAUUUGGUGAUUUGUCCGUUCACGAAGGUUGAAGAGAGCUUUAACUUACAAGCAGCGCACGACAUUUUGUAUCACAGGUUAAAUUUUGACAAGUAUGACCACCAUGAUUUCCCUGGUGUGGUGCCGCGGACUUUCCUUGGCCCUCUUUUUCUCUCCUUGCUCUCCUCCCCUGUUGUGUUCCUGUCCUCUCUGCUGGAUGUGCCGAAAUUCUACACACAGCUGAUAGUCCGAGCCUCUCUGGGAGUUUGUGUUAUUGGUGCAUUGUGGCACAUGCAGAAAGAGGUGAGGAGGCAGUUUGGCUCUACAGUGGCAGGGCUCUUCUGUCUGACAUGUGCUACACAGUUUCACCUCAUGUUCUACAGCACCAGGACUCUCCCCAAUGUGUUUGCACUACCAAUUGUUAUUGUUGCUUUCACGUCUUGGAUGGCUCAGAAACAUGGCCUCUUCAUCAGCCUCUCUGCUUUGGUCAUCAUUGUGUUCCGGUCGGAGCUCUGCAUCUUCAUGGGUCUCAUGUUGUUGAUAUCACUGCUAAGCAGGAAGCUGGGACUGCUGCGUCUGCUUUAUUACGCAGUUCCUGCUGGGAUCUUGUCACUGGCUCUGACGGUAGCUGUUGACACUUUCUUUUGGAGGAAGUUUUUGUGGCCUGAAGGUCAAGUUUUGUGGUACAACACUAUUCUCAACGAAAGUUCCAAGUGGGGAACCUCCCCUUUUCUCUGGUACUUUUACUCUGCGGUGCCCCGUGCUUUGGGCUGCACAGUGCUCUUCGUCCCCCUCGGCCUUCUUGACAGACGCAUGAGGCUGCUGCUGCUUCCCACGAUAGGCUUCAUCCUCAUCUACUCACUGCUGCCCCACAAGGAGCUGCGCUUCAUCAUUUACACUUUCCCAGUGUUGAGUUUGGUGGCUGCCCGAGGCUGUUCUUUCAUUCUGUGCAACUACCAGAAAUCCUGGAUGUACAAACUGGGCUCUGCAGUUGUGGUUGGCCAGCUGUUGACCAAUGCGGCGUACUCGAGUGUCUGCCUGUAUGUUUCCCACCACAACUAUCCAGGGGGACAUGGGAUACAGGAACUUCAUAGGCUGGUGCCAGCCACUGCAGAUGUAUUUAUUCAUAUUGACACCUAUGCUGCCGAAACUGGAGUGUCACGGUUCUCCGAGCAAAACAGAAACUGGAGGUAUGACAAACGGGAGGACAUGAAUCCCACAAAUCCAGAAAUCAAAAUGUACUCACACCUGCUCAUGGAGGCCGAUGUUACCAAGAUACAGCUACUGCAGGACACACACCAGCCUCUGGCCUUUAUAGACGGUUAUAGAAACACUGCUUUCAACCCGUUUCACUUCCCUCCGUUCAGUGUGCAGCUGGAGACUAAAGCUGUGCUCAUGGAGAGAAAGACUGAGUCCCAGACAUAAAAGGAGUGACUGUAACAGGAAUGCUGCGUCUGAUUUGGGGGGCUAUUUCUUUUUGGUGUCCCACAGGUUAUAUUAAUAGACAGUAUCUAUCACGCUUUAUUCUAUUACAGAUAAACUUCCGACAUGUGCGACCCCACCAUAUAAAAAAAAAAAAAGUUGUACAGGAACAGUACUAGAAAAGCACCUUUUGAGAUUAAAAUAUGAGUUCAAAUAGUUCUCUACUCUAUAAAGUAGAUAAAAUGCCAUCAUGAAUUGAUUAUUUCCCCUUAGAUCAUGACAUUCCUGGACUUGAUACUUUCACACUUUGUAAUAACUAUAACUCAAUUCUGUGUUUUGUACAAACAAUGAAAUAAAAACUCUGCAAUA